CCCUGUUAUGAAUGGAAAAUUUCCACUCAGUGUGUGACCUGGAAAAGUCAGCAUAAUACUUCUCUAUCAUAACGCUUCCAUUUCCACGUGAAGGAUUUACGGCAGCAUAUUCAACGAGAACGUGUAUUGGCCAGAUAACGACAUACCAAUGGGAUAAUGGGAGUACGACGCCCUAAGAAAAAAGAAAAUGCAAACUCGGAUGGUGAUAAGACUCUAACCGGCGUUGAUCUAUUACCAGUUACCGGAGAUACGCAGGAAGCACUGUGUCAUGCUGUGGAAAACAAAGACGAACAGAAGGUUAUCAAACUCCUGAAGUUAGGGUACAAAUGUCACCCAAAUAGCUGUAAUAAAGUGACAUGUCUUCAUAUUGCCUGCCAGAGAGGUUACCUGGCAAUCACACGGCAUCUCCUGGAUCAUGACUUUAAUAUUCGCGAGCAGACUAAGGAAUAUAGGACACCUCUCCACGAAGCCGUUGAUCGCGGCCAUGUCGCCAUCGCAAUUUUGCUUUUACAAAGAGGGGCUUCGACAAAGUGUAAAGACAUAAGGUCAGAUACUCCGCUGUUUGUCGCCUGCAAGAAUGGUGACAAACAAAUGGUUAAUACUCUCUUGGAAUUCAACGCUAACGUGGACGCAAAAGACGCUAUUGGCCAAUCACCACUGCAUGCGGCCCGUGAGUCCAACAUCAUAAAAAUGCUGGCGUCCAGAGGCCUGGAUAUCGACAAUAAGGGAGACCAUGGAAACACGCCACUUCACUGUGCUUCUCGUGAUUACGACGAACAACUUAUCAAGACCUUGCUGGACCUGGGGGCUGAUCCGACAAUAAAGAACAAAGAUGGUAAAACACCGAGAGAUCUCGCAGAGCCACAAACAUGGCAACAUGAUAAGACUGCACUCGAAUUGCUGAGGGAAGCCGAGAUGACGUUUGAUCCAGAACAUGUGUCUGAUUUGAACAAUCACAAAAAUAAGAUUGGAAAUAAGAAAGACACAAAUACUCUCACAGUUGUUGUUGACAUGGGCGAGAGGAAAGAAACUGACGAAAAAAUUGGGACACAAAGGGCAUUGAAAAAAUCAUGUCAAAAGAAUACAACUAAAAGGCAUAAUAAGACUCGCCCGGAACAUAAAAUGAAAUCGAACCAUCAAACAGCGAGUUAUAAGCAGUGCGAGACAAACAAAGAACGUUGCUUGGAAGACAUUUCAGACAAGGAGAUGGGACGAAUAGCUCUAGCUUUAGAACGAAAACAAGCCAAAAAACUGAGAAGGAUGGUGCCGUGGACACUGAAGGAAUGCACCGCAGAAAAUGAGAGGGGGAAUUGCCGGAACGAAUAUUUUCAACUACUGAAAAUCGCACGCUAUAGGAACAGGAAGAUGACACUUGAAAAUUUCAAGAAGAAAAUAGCCCUCACAAAGCCUCAUUUAAAUCAGAUGUCGCACCGGGAGAGGAUUUCCAUGGAGAAAGAGAUAGAAAACCUGCAGCUGACCAAGAUUAGAAUAGAGAAUCUACGUCUGAUCACUGUACUGACAACACUAGCUAGGAAGGAAUACUACUUGUUAGGAAUAGAGCUGGGAGUUUCUUCUGAGGCUAUGGAUGAGAUCCAUGCCCUAAGGAUGGAUCUCCUAGCAGAAAGGUGUCACCAGACUCUACGCAAGACGAAAGAAAGAUUUCCUAAGAAAACUUGUGCUGACGUAGUACGGGCCAUGGCUAACAUUGGACUCGACUACCAUAAAGCGAUGGAGCUACUUGUACAGUCUGAACAUUACUCUCCGAUAAGAUAUAGAUAGCAUGAUGUUAAGUUGUACACUCAUCUAAGGUUGUCAUAUUAAUGUCUCAAAAUCUGACCACUCAAACUUGCGUACAUAAUAUAUGGAAAAAGGAAAGCAACCGGAAUUCGUACUGUAAGGCCGAUAUUUUUUCCUUUGGCCUUGACCUUGUCUGUACGGUGACUGGCUGGUUCUGGAGGACUGGGUGGUGCAAUAGAAAUAUUUUUGCAAAGACUUUUUUUUAACUAUAUCGCUUAUAUUAAUUAGUGUCGGUUGUUAAA